CCGAGCUCGACGUGGUGAACGAUGUUGGGCACAUAUAUGGCGCAGUGCUCGCGUUCGCUCGCGUCGACGAGCACGGCACGCGCUGCCCCCCUCCACACAUCCGCUGUCCUUCAGGCUAUGUCCGCCCGCUCCCGCAGGACGAAGCUGACACUCAAAACGAACAUCCAGCGGCGCGAGGAAAUUGAACGCCAGGCCCAAGCCAACCGGCCGCACGUCGUGCUCGGUCACAAGUCUGGCGAUGCCGCAAAGUGGACCUUCAGUGACCUGGCCAGCGUGAUCAUCACGGAGGAACAGGUCCUCGCUGCGCCCCUUCCCGGCUCAGACAUUGAGCAGGGCUCGCUGCAGCUCCCGGAGUACACCAACUACGGCGUGGGGAAGGAGGAGCGGGAGCUGCUGUUCGACGUGUUGCCGGCCCUGACGGUGGAGACGCAGGUGCAGCUGAGCCCGAAGGCCCGGCCGGGCGAGGGCAGCCUGCCCCCGGAUGCGAACGCGCUGGCGAAGAUCGAGGGUGUGGCGGCCAACUUCGAGCUGUACAAGACGGGCAUGUUUGCGAAGCUCAUCGACCUGCGGAACGCGAACGCGCGGGGUAUCGCGUACGAGAACCGCAGACGGAUCGUUGCCGCGUUCUCGGAGGCGGAGAACCCGAAUGACACGGGGAGGCCUGAGGUUCAGGCUGCCCUCGCAACGUACAAGAUCCGUAACGUGUGGGCACAUCUUGGCCGGUGCAAAAAGGACAUUGUGAGCCGGCGUAGUCUGCGCAAGCUCAUUCACGAACGGGCCAAAAUCCUGCGGUACUUGAAGAAGGUAGACGAGGACCGGUACGAUCGCGUGCUAGAGCGUCUGGGGCUGGAGCGGAGUGCUGUCGAGGGCGAGCUUGUGGUAUGAACUACUAUAGGGAUCGAAGCUAUUCACACCAUCUUAAUACGCAUUCUACUCGC